GCAGUAAGGCUAAGACUGCCUCGGACUCUGCGGAUCCAUCCCACCUUCCACGUUUCCAGGAUCAAACCUGUGCGAGAGAGUGCCUUGGUUCCUAAGGUCCCUCCCCCACCACCGCCCCGGAUGAUUGACGGCGGGCCUACGUACACUCUCCGACGACUUAUUCGUUCCCGUCGCAGAGGAAGAGGAGUCCAGUACCUGGUGGACUGGAAGGGUUACGGCCCUGAGGAGAGGGCUUGGGUUCCAGCUCGUCAUGUGUUGGACCCCCGGCUCAUCAGGGAGUUCCAUCGGCGUAAUCCUGAGCAACCGUCUAAGACCGUCACGUCGACGGGCAGAAACACAGGGAGAGUCUCUCCUCUUACCGUCAGCUCUUCAGAGGAGGACAGCGAGGGGCCGGUUUCUGAUGAGGACGCAGAUUCCGACAGGGGGCAGGAGAGGGAGGCCAAAAGAACUUUUUCAGAUGAGUAUUAAUCCCACCCUCCUCUGUAGAUUAGCAUUUAGGGACGUCAGGAGCCGUCCAUUAAGGGGGGGGUUCUGUCAUAGUCUGCUCCAUCAUUCACCAGUAGUUUUCCAUUCACCUGUCUCACCUGUUUUCCACACCCACUCAUUAGCUCACUCUCUUUCUCUUCUGCACCCAUUAGCUUCUGCCAGUAUUUAAACCCGCACCUUACACACACUCUUUGCCAGAUUGUACUUUGCCUCAUGCUUGUCUUUCCCGCGUUUGAAACUAGAUUGCC